AAUGGGAAACAGAUCCAGCACCAACAUCAUCAUUAUUGUAUAGAUUGUCACGUACAUUCUUCCCCAUUUCUUAAGUAAAAAAAAAUCUUUUAUAUGCUUUUGUUAAAUUCAAUGUUAUGAACACAAGAAGAAGAAGUGAAGAAUGAAGAGCUACAACUUUGCAUGAUGUUAAUUGGCAUGGUGUUGAUUGGUAAAAAAUAAAACCUUCAUUUGGAAAAUAAAUUAUCUUUUGAAAAUAAAAGAUCCACACCUUUUGUAUGUCAUCUCUAAUUGUCUUAGAGUGCCGCUUGUCAUCCCUCUUUUAUAAGCAUUAUUUUCUUUGUAUAGAUGGAAAUAGUUAGAUAUUGUAUAAACAUACAUGCACAUAUAACAUAGGUAUAACCAGCCUUAGUUUAAUUCCUAAAAUAAUGCAUGUCAAAUUAUUGAAAUUGAAAUCUAUUAGUCGAUUAUGAGUAAAGAUUCCAGGGCUUUUUGUUCAACUAAUUAAUAAUUAUUAGUGAUCUUGACAUGUAGAGUUAUAUCAAAAUUUUUCAUAUUCCACAAGAUCCCUCUUCCAUCUCUAAAUGAUUGGCAGUUGAUUCUAAUUCUUACUCGAAAAGGGUAUAUUAAUGAUAAAAUUUUAUGGAUUUCAAAGAUGAUACAAGGGGGAUUGCUUUUUGGUGCUUAUAAAUAACUUUAAACACUCUACGCCAAUCGACUAAUUUGAUAAAGUAUUAGCAAGGUGUUUAUUAGAUACUUAAAUGUAACUUUAGACAAGAAAAAAAACACACUACAUUCUUAAGUUUUUGUAGAUGCUUAUUUUUUCAUCCAGUUAAUUUGUUUGUUUUUUCAUCCAAUCAAUAUAAUUAUUUUCCCUUUUAUCCAUAGCUAUUACUGUCUAAGUAAUCACUUUGCUGCUUUAAGUUACUCUAAGCACCUAGUAGUUUACUAAUUUAAAACACAUUUCUUAAAGUAAUCAUACAUAGUCUCUAAAAUAGAAAAUAUGUUGAGAAUUUAAUCAAGGUAACAAAAACUCAUCAUUCGUCCAGAGUGUAGAAGUACAUGAUUUUAAAUAAAACACGGUUCAAAAAGUCUGAUUUCAUCCUUCCACAGGACAUCUUUGCUGCUGGAACUGACACAUCACCCAUUACCAUAGAAUGGGCAUUAGCAGAGCUAAUCAAUCACCCAAACAUAAUGGAGAAAGCACGAGCAGAGAUUGAUAAUGUAGUAGGAAGAAGCAGAUUAGUAGAAGAAGCAGACAUUGUUAACCUUCCUUACCUGCAAGCUGUGGUGAAGGAAAGCCUAAGGCUCCACCCAACAGGCCCAUUAAUUGUGAGAGAAUCAACAGAAGAAUGCACCAUCAAUGGUUACCAGAUUCCUGCAGGAACUCGACUCUUUGUCAAUGUGUGGGCAAUUGGCAGGGAUCCAAACCACUGGGAGAUGCCACUUGAAUUCAGUCCAGAGAGAUUUGUGAUAAGUGAAGAAAGAGAAAAGGGGAAAGCGGUGGAUGUGAGAGGACAACAUUUUCAAAUGCUGCCAUUUGGGAGCGGAAGAAGACGGUGCCCUGGAACAUCACUAGCUCUACAGCUUGUUCACACAACCCUUGCUGCUAUGAUUCAGUGCUUUGAAUGGAGGGUCAACGGAGGGAAUGGGACUGUUAACAUGGAAGAAGGACAAGGAAUCACCCUUCCGAGGGCUAAUCCACUAAUAUGUGUACCAGUGGUUAGGCUAAAUCCAUUGCCAUUGUACUGA